AUGAAACUGAAGAAUUUUUAUCAUCUGCACGGACAUCGUUUAAAAGUCUCGCCACAAGCAACUUUGGAAGUCGCAAAAGAUGUGAAAUGUACUGUAAGUUGUAUGAGAAAUGAAGAUUGCUUUUCAUUCAAUGUCAAGAAAAUAAGUUCAAACUUGUUUUUAUGUGAGUUACUGAAUACGAGUAAGUUUCUAGACUCGGAUAAUUUGACGAGGGAUGAAAAUUUUGCUCACUGGUAUUUGCAGGUAGGCGGCUAAACAAGCUAUAUCAAUGCUAAAUUGUAAACUAAAUUUAUUUAUAGUGGAUAUCUUAGUCAGUUUUAAUUAAUUAAUUAGUAUAGGUAAUCAUGCGAUGGCGAGUACAAUUAAGGAUUAAUAGUACAAGUGAUGUUUGGAAAUUUUGCCAAAAUUGGACGAGCCACCGGGGUGAGUCCAAUUUGGCAAAUUUCCAAACAUCACGAGUACUAUUAAUCCGUAAUUGUACGAGCAACAUCGCAUGAUUACUUGUUUAUUAUUAGCAUGACAAAAUGGGAUACGUACUUCUCAAUGUCAACAUCGUAUUCUUUCGCCAAAGCCCAUCAGUCCUGCCAGACUUUCAACCAAAAUUUAGUGCUUUUGUUUGUAUUUUCAUUUAGUUCUUUUGUUCAAGCAAAACUUGGUGGUUUUGUUCGUAUUUUCAUGUAGUUCCUCCACGGCAAUUUCAUUUAGCAAUUGUGUUUAAAAUACCUUGCCGCCAUUUUGUUUGUUUUGAGAAAAUCAUUAAUUGUACUGCAGUACAAUUAAUGAAAUAAUUGUACUCCUCUCAACCAAUCAGCAUCCAGUAAUUUUGUCAUGCUAAUAAUAAAUUCAUUAAUUAAAUUAAACUGUUCUUCUUAGAGGUCCAGUGACGUUCCAGUGACGUUCCAGUGCAGAGGGACAUCCUUUAUUGGUUCAGCAGUGGCGUGCUGGGUACUACUUUUCUGGAGGGGCCAGUGGGCUGUUAACCAAUAUGCGCCCCUAUAAUGUUACACUUGAUAAACGAGGGCCGAAGGCACGAGCCGAGUGCCGCAGGUGCGAGGUUUGUCUAGGGGGGUCCGGGGGCAUGCAAUUUUUGAAUUUAGAGUCUCUGAAAUGCCAUUUCCUGGACUUUGGGGGAAGAUUUGACAGAAAUCUGAUGGUCAGGAAACGGCAUUAUAACGUGUCGAAAUUUGCAAUUUGGCUAGAAUUUAGUAGUAGUACUAAAUUAUGCAAUGCUAACUACUUCCAGUGAUUAAUCUAAUCCCAAUUCUGUUCUCUACUGAUCUACUGUUCCGGAGCACAUUUACAACUUACAGCUCUUUUAUACAAUAACACACGCAUCCCACGCAUAUGCAUUUUAAGGUUUCCUUGUCUGGCUGCCAAAAGGACCAAAAGGGCAUGUUUCAGCAUUAUUUCAUUACUUACAUUACUCAUGCUUCUUGUGCAAACAACUAAAUUGCGUACACAACUUUACAUCAGUUAUCAUAACUUCAACUAUCUAAUUUGCGCCGCUCUCGUGAUUCGUGAAGCAUAAUAAAGGGCAUAAUAUAAGGGCAUAAUACCAGCAAAAAAGGGCAUAAUUCCCGUGAUCGCUUCGAUCGAAACCUGACCAAUAUUCCGGUAAUGAGACAUUGCCUGUGAUCACUGAUCAUGUUUCUAUAUGAACGAUUUCGUGUGAGCUGUGAGGUAGCAAAUACGGUUAGGCAAAAUAGUCUGUAAUUUAAUAUAUGUCGCCUAUGCGCUUAGUCUGUUUUAUACUGUAGCCUAUAAACACGUCUUUUCUUGGCGAAGUAACCAUGUUUUUUCGAGAAUGCGUUUUUUUCCCACCCACUUUCAAAAUUCGGCGCCCCAUUUUCAUUUUUGCGCCCCCCAAGAAUUGCCAGCUGGGGGGGCCGUGGCCCCAGCACGCCACUGUGGUUCAGUAUACUACAAUACAGGAGCUAAACUAAACUAUAACUUUAUUUAUAUUGGAUAGUUCUAUAAGUUCCAAACUGUUCCGGGGCAGUAAGGGUCAUCCCAGCAUGAGCUCCACCUUUGAAUUUACUAUAUGAGUAAAUUCUUAAACACGUCCGAAUUUAUCAUGAUAAAUUCGCGGCAAAUUUUGAAUUUAUCAUAAUAAUAAAUUCGCGGCACCUAACACUAACCCUAACCCCAACCCUAACCACUAACCCCUAACCCUAACUUUUUAAAUAUUUUUUACUUUUUUAAAAAUCUAACUUUUUAAACUUUUCUUGCUUUUCAAAACUCUUUUAAAACUUUUUUAAAAAGUAUAUUUUAAAGAACCUGAAAAACUCCCCACCCCCGCGCGGCCAGCCUCCGUUUUAGUGCCAUUACAUUUAUAACAAGAAAUCUUGUCUAAUGCUUAUGGUUUUAUGAUUAACUCUAUUGAUAAAUUCAAAAUGUGCCGCGAAUUUAUCAUAAUGAUAAAUUCGGACGUGUUUAAGAAUUUACUCAUAUGGUAAAUUCACAGGUGGAGCUCAUGUUGGUCAUCCCGUAUUGAUCAAAUGUCACUGAGGGAACUUAUACAUGACCUUUUCAAGUAUAUUAUACCCAACCUCUCGACCUACAGUAUAGCAUGCAGGUUUGACUAAAAAUUCGAGGCAGAGCGCUGUUAUAUACACAGCCAGAUCUGUUAACCGAUUUGAUACAAUCUUACCAUGCAGGAACCCUGCAAUCCCUUGCUUUGUGGUGACGAGAGUCAGGGGAAAUGCGUGAUAGAUUCUGAUGGAACGGCUGUGUCGUGCAAUUGUUCUGAAAAGUAUGAAGCAAAAAGAUGUGAAAUCCGUAUCUAUGGUAAGUCUGUCUGUCGUACAUAUUUAUAUAAAAAAUGUAACCACAUUCACCUUUUUCAAAUAUUUUGAAAAUUACAAAGAACAAUGAAAAUUAUGUGUGCAACAAAAAAGUGUGUAUCACUGGAAAAAAAAUUGAAAAUCCAUAGAGAAGCCAUAUAAUGGAAAUUGUAUGAACCUUUAUUGGAAAUAGAAUGGAUUUUGGUUAUCCAUAAUAGUUGUAUAUUCCCAUAGUAUGGAUAUAGUAUCGAAAUAGUAUGGAUAUACUAUGGAUUUAGUGGUGCAAUGGACCAUUCCCCAAUUAACCAAAAUUUUGAACUCAAACCAGUCUAGACAAAAAUUUCAUCACAGCUUGAAAGAGCAUCACAAAAUUAGUAAUAUUCCAAAGUUUCGUUGCAAAAUGUUGUAAAAUGCGGAUAAUAUAGCCUUGCGAAGUUUGCAAUUUUCAGCCAUAUUUAGAUUACAAACGGGAAAUGGUUACCACUUCUGUGCGUAAUACAAAAUGACUGAAAAUUACAAACUUCGCAAGGCUAUAUUAUCCGCAUUUUACAACAUUUUGCAACGAAACUUUGGAAUAUUACUAAUUUUGUGAUGCUCUUUCAAGCUGUGUUGAAAUUUUGUUUAGGCUAGUUAAGAUCAAAAUUUUGGAAAAGUGGUAACCAUUUCGCGUUUGUAAUCUAAAAUGACUGAAAAUUGCAAAUUUCGCAAGACUAUAUUUUCCGCGUUUUACAACAUUUCGCAACAAAACUUUGGAAUAUUACUAAUUUUGUGAUGCUCUUUCAUGCUAUGAUGGAAUUUUGUCUAGACUUGUUGAGAUCAAAAUUUUGGUUAAUUGGGGAAUGGUCCAUUCCCACCGGGCACACGACGUUGUUUCAACGUUGAAAUUUGGUAGAAAAAUUGCAUUUUCGUAUAAUGAAGUAAUCGUCCAAUUAGCCAUUCCAAAGUUGAUGAGAGGACUGGGGACGAAUGUUAAAAAGUGCCCAAAUUAAGAAAUGAACCAAAUCACUAAAACGACCACCUCAAAAUUAGUAAGUAUAGGAAGUUUGAAGACAUUUACACGAGUACCCUUCGAAUAAUAAGCUUUCGAAAAUCGCGAUAUUUACUAUGAAAUGUACUGUAAUUUUUGUUUUUUGGGACGCGUGUCCCAAAAGCAAUCUUUUAAUCAGUAAUUUCACAAUUUCCGAAAGCUUAUUAUUCGAAUGGUAUUCAUGGAAAUAUCUUCAAACUUCCUAUACUUACUAAUUUUGAGAUGGUCUUUUUAGUGAUUUUGUUCAUUUCUUAAUUUGGGCACUUUUUAACACUCGUCCCCAGUCCACUCAUCAACUUCGGAAUGGCUAAUAGGGAUAGCUGAGAUGAAACGUGCAACCACGUUGGAUAAUAUUUAAUGAAGUUUUAUUCAACAAAGGAUUUGUGCACGGUGAGGCAUAGUUCAACAUCAAACAAAGGUCUUUUAUUUUGUAGCUUUGAAGUUUGCCGAACUUCCAUAUCUCGACAGACUGUUCAAACUUUUUAAUUUUUGAUAUGUUUUCAAUCGGCAAACAAACUUACAUGUUUGGUGCUUUAUCUGUAAAAUCAUGCUAAAAUGAAGAGAUUUUAGAUAGCACGCCAAGAAGAAAAUAAGUCUGAAGUUCAGUAUAUGUGGCGUCAAUUUCAAAGCAUCGAUCAUGGAUAAUCUUUGGUCCCGGAGUAUAGGCUUUAAAUUCUGUUAAUAAUAUCGCGUAUAUUUGCGAUGAAAAAUGUUCAAAAAUACCGAAACUCUUUUUAGCGUUCCUACCAAAAUUACUUUGUUUUAGCUUUAUUUUGUAGUUUAAACAGUUAGCAGCCUUCUUAAAUGUAUCUGGCGGUUGGGAAACACAAAAUAUUAGUUAAAUAUUGUCAACUUAAAUACAAUUAUCAUUGAUGCUUUAAAAUUGACGCCAUGUAUAUUUACACGUAACAGCAAUAUAAGCAAAACUUACUAAACUUCAGACAUCAUUUUCUCUUUGGCGUACCAUCUAAAAUUUCUUCAUUUUAGUAUAAGUGGAAAAGUAUAUUCGUUAGUUUUGAGCGCGUGUUACGUAACAUACAAAAGAUUCUGUUCUUGAUAAGCAUUGUGUUUCUAUUCAGAUGCAAAGCGAAACUACGCGCUAAAUAAACCUACAACAGCAUCAGUUAGAGACUACAUAAGUCAGCGUGCGGUAGAUGGAAACAGUAACUCGAACUGGUAUGGAAACUCAUGUUACGAAACAUUGUAUGAACCGGUUCCACAUUGGUGGAGGGUUAAUUUUGAAGAAGAAAUCCAAGUUGCCCGAGUGGUCAUCACUAAUAGAGGUGAGGUCAGAGUACACACGUAAAAAUCUUAAAACUUGUCAACAAGAUGUGUUCGCAACAGGCUUGUCAACAAGUUGUAACAAUCAAUAUUGUUAUUUUGUCAAGUUGCUACAAGGUUGUCACUCACAACUUGACAACAAGUUGCUAAAUUGCAGGACGAUAACAAAGUUGUUGGAACAACUUGUGACAAGUCUUUUGAAUAAACAACCUAUAAUCGUAUUCUUGAGUUAAUGGAUGAAAAAUGUGUUGGUUGUUUAAUUACUGCACGAAAUUUCAGACAAUUUGCUUCAGUUUAAACCCUUCAACUAUUGACGCAAAUUUAUAUUUUUCCUAAAAAAUCAGCAAUUUGCAUGCUUAAUUAAUGCAUUUGCCCAAUUUGCAUAUGUCAGCAAUAUGCAAAUUAGGUAAAGGCAUAAUUAAGCGUGUAAAGGUUGAUUUUUUAGGACAAAAAGGAUAGUAAAAGGGCUUAAACUAGAGCAGAUUGUCUGAAAUUUUGUACAGUAAUUAAAAACCCAACAAAUUCACCAUCCAUUAAAUCAAAAUGCGAUUAAAGCUUUUAAAUUUCGUGCGCAAGCCAUUUCUAGUAUGUUGAAAAAGACACGUGACCCCGCUGGUUCACAAAAUUUAAGUUCGAGAUUUUUUUCUUCAUUAUUCUACCUUAUAUAAAGUACCCAAAGAAGCUAUAUACAUCAAAAACUAAAUACUAAUGGCUGUUUUGCGAAAUUGAGAGCAAUUUCAAAUCUGUUCAGUUUUUUUUAUACACCCUGUGUAGGCGCUCUGGCAAGAAUGGCCCCUGCGGUCUUGCGAUCGAUUCCGGUGCAGCGCUCUAACCAACUGAGCUACAGAAGCCACUCGACUCGUUAAACACUGGUUAGAGGCUUAGAGUGCUGCACCGGAAUCGCAGGUCCGCAAGUUCGAUCCCAGGGCCUACAGUUACAUUUUUCGCAACUGCUUCUGGGAUAAUCAUCAAAUAUCGUGCUCGUUGUUCGAAAGGCGAUUAGCCUAACCCUAUAGGUUAACCUAAAUUCAAAGCAAAUUUCCCAACAGCUUGUCUAUAAAUUUGGAAAUAUUUCUUCAGAAAUAUUGUCUGGAUCAGUAGGAGUUUUUUUCUCUGAAAUUUUAAAAUAAAAUGCAGACGUGCACAUAUACAUGCAUAAACUAAAACAGCAGAUUAAAUUUUCACCAAGGGUGGUGCUAACUCGAUUUUGAACAACCGGGCCCAGGACAUGACCUCCUCGCAGAAGUAAUUCACAGUAAGAUUUAAUACUAUAAAAAUUAUUAUUUUCAUCAUCAGGUGAUUGUUGUGGAGACAGAUUGAGUAAUUUCGGAAUAAAAAUUGGCAACAGUUUGAAAGAGAAUGGUGUCACAAACCCUGCAUGCGGGGAAACCCAUCUUGCUGUACCUCAAGGACAGACCAAGACAUUCGCAUGCUCACCACCGAUGAAAGGACAAUACCUCGUGAUACAUUCAUUCCUUACAGAUCGACCAAUGGUAUUUUGUGAGGUUCAAGCCUAUGCUUAUCCAUAA